GGCGCCACGGCCUCGCAGACGCAGGCGCUGGCCGCUGAGGAGCCAGAGAGAAAGUUCCCGGGGACAGUUCGCCUGCAGGAGGGCCCAAACUGUGGUCGCUGGCCGAGUGGGUCUCGAGUCCCGCGAGUGCUGCGCGUGGUCCUCCUGCACGCACUUGGCUGCCCGGGCCCUGCUUUCCGAGCAGAGGAGCCUCGCGGGCGGGCAACCGGGGCGGUCGGGGCUAAACUUGGACAAGGAGGAUGCUGCGAGUGGGCGCGGCGGCUCGGGGCGCGGGGGCGCUCUCCAAGCACUGAUUGCUCCCGGUGGACUCCGAGCGCGCCGAGAAGCAGUGGGCAGGUAGCGGCUCCAAGCGCCCGGACUGCGCCAAGCCGACCAGCAGGGCCGCCAGCGCCACCGUGCAGGCGUCGUCUCCUCGCCACGGAGUCAUGGUGCGAGCAGCGCGCACGCCCCGCGCGGAACUCUGAGCUCCGGCCGUGCAGUGCGCCCCCUCCUCUGGUAUUCCCAUCCGGACUACCCGUGCCUGCCUUGCUCGCGGACCAUGAAGCUAUCUCCCGGAGCCACUUGUCUCUGAGCUGCUCACCCCGCUGCAGCCCCAACGCCGCUGGGCCACAGACAGCGCUCCAACCCUUGAAGCUCGGGAUCUUCUUCCAGGGACACCGGGCAGACGGAGAUGGCGCUCCGUGGACUCAUCCGGCAGUGCAAAGUUCGCCGGAGGCGAGAGAUGCUGCCGCAGCAAGUUGGCUUCGUGUGCGCUGUGCUCGCCCUGGUGUGCUGUGCCUCCGGCCUCUUUGGAAGCUUGGGCCACAAAACGGCUUCUGCUGGCAAACACGUUCUGCCAGACACGUGGCGAAAUAGAAAGUUGAUGGCACCGAUAAACGGGACUCCGCUGGCUAAGAACUGCACAGAUCCUGCGAUCCACGAGUUCCCUACAGACCUGUUCUCCAACAAAGAACGACAGCAUGGCGCUGUCCUGCUACACAUCCUUGGUGCACUCUAUAUGUUCUACGCCCUGGCCAUCGUGUGUGAUGACUUCUUUGUCCCAUCCCUAGAGAAGAUCUGUGAGAAACUUCAUCUGAGUGAAGAUGUGGCAGGUGCCACCUUCAUGGCUGCAGGAAGCUCGACACCAGAGCUGUUUGCUUCUGUCAUUGGUGUGUUCAUCACCCAUGGAGAUGUCGGUGUAGGAACAAUUGUGGGCUCAGCUGUGUUCAACAUCCUAUGUAUCAUUGGAGUGUGUGGACUCUUUGCUGGACAGGUGGUGCGGUUGACGUGGUGGGCUGUGUGCCGUGACUCUGUGUACUACACACUCUCUGUCAUCGUACUCAUUGCGUUCAUAUACGAUGAGGAAAUUGUGUGGUGGGAAGGUCUGAUCCUCAUCAUCUUGUACGUGUUUUAUAUUCUCAUCAUGAAGUACAAUAUGAAGAUGCAGACGUUUUUCACAACCAAACAAAAAAGCAUUGCAAAUGGUAACCCAGUCAGCAACGAGCUGGAAGAUGUGAAGGAGAAACCUCCCUAUGGCAAGACCCCCGUGGUGAUGGUGGAUGAGAUUCUCAGCUCCAGCCCUCCCAAGUUCACCUUCCCUGAGGCUGGCCUGCGCAUCAUGAUCACCAACAAGUUUGGGCCCAGGACCCGACUACGGAUGGCCAGCAGGAUCAUAAUUAAUGAACGACAGAGGUUGAUCAACUCGGCCAAUGGUGUUAACAGCAAGCCACUGCAAAAUGGGAGACACGAGAACAUGGAGAAUGGAAAUGUUCCUGUAGAGAACCCUGAAGACCCACAGCAGGGCCAGGAGCAGCAGCCGCCACCACAGCCACCACCCCCAGAGCCUGAGUCGGUAGAGACAGUCUUCCUGUCGCCUUUCUCAAUGCCUGAGGCAAAAGGCGACAAGGCUAAGUGGGUGUUCACUUGGCCCCUCAUCUUCCUCUUGUGCAUCACCAUCCCCAACUGCAGCAAACCCCGCUGGGAGAAGUUCUUCAUGGUCACCUUCAUCACGGCCACUCUGUGGAUCGCAGUGUUCUCCUACCUCAUGGUGUGGCUGGUGACUAUUAUUGGAUACACACUUGGGAUCCCUGAUGUCAUCAUGGGCAUCACUUUCCUGGCGGCAGGCACAAGUGUCCCAGACUGCAUGGCCAGCUUAAUUGUGGCAAGACAAGGGCUUGGAGACAUGGCAGUCUCUAACACCAUCGGAAGCAACGUGUUUGACAUCCUGGUGGGGCUUGGCAUCCCAUGGGGCCUGCAGACCAUGGUUAUUAAUUAUGGAUCCACAGUGAAGAUCAACAGCCGGGGGCUGGUCUAUUCCGUGGUGCUGCUGCUGGGCUCCGUGGCUCUCACUGUCCUUGGCAUCCACCUCAACAAAUGGCGCCUGGACAGGAAGCUGGGCAUCUACGUGCUGGUCCUCUAUGCCGUCUUCCUGUGCUUCUCAAUAAUGAUAGAGUUUAACGUCUUUACCUUCGUCAACUUGCCCAUGUGCAGAGAAGACGACUAAAGCUGAGCUGUCACCCAGGAAAGUGCUGUGGCCACCACGGGGCUGGCGUCCUCUCUCUCUCUCUUUCUCCGCACAGGUCUCAACUGCCUUGGCAGCCACUGUCAAUUCUUUCAUGAGCUGGAAGGAAGGGCCACCAUGGUCUUUGGUCAUGGGCCAAGCUGCUGGGCAUCUGUCCCUGCGUGACAGGGUCCAGUCAUUAUUUGAACAGCUCCACAGACUCUUGGCUACCAGCUGCGGGGAUGCAUCCUGUCUCUUCUCUCUUGCACACUUGAGUCAAAAGGACUUCUGUGUGCCAUUUGUCUUUCUGUUACAUGGGCAGCCUCAGAAAUGAGUCAGCCAGUGAACACGAGGUGUCCUAGGUGAGUGCAAAGUAGGGCCAGAGGCAAGCGUCACCUCUGGGCCUGGAGAAAGCAAGCAAUGUCACCAUGACUCUGCUGGAAACACUGGAAACUUGGAAGAGACACGGCUUCAACCCGCAGGGGCUUUCGACCACUGCAGUUAUAGGAAAAAUAGGAAGAGUGGAAAAGUAAUUUCCCAAUAGAGGAGAGAAAAGCAAGCGAAUACUGUUAUCCUUUUUAUUGACACAUUCAGAAACUGAGCAAUGAAAUAUUAAAAAUAAAACGUCACAUAUAGAUCACCAUA